AUGGCCUCCUCUCCAGGACUGAACGCUCACCCCACCGAGGAACAAGUCAGUCAUCUCCAUAACAACACCAUAAACGCCAACAACAACAACCUUAAUAACAAUAGCCACCUCACAAACGGAUCCAGUCGAGGUGUGAGGUUUCAACAAAACCAAGAUGCCAUCGUGCCAGCCUCAGACCAGGAUGACAACGACGACGACAGCACCGACGAAGAUGAUGCAUACAACUCCUAUAUGCAGGAACAGGAGCAACAACAACAUAACCAACAGCAGAUAAAGCAUAACCUUGGUCUGACGAGGCACUUGCAGCCUCAUUAUGGCUCUGUCGGUUCUGGAGACCAUGAUAUGGCUGAUGAGGACGAGGACGAGGACGAGUAUGCCAAUCACCGCCAGCACCAGCAACAGCAGCCUCACCACCACCAGCACCAGCAGCUGCGUCAGAUCCAACAGCAGUACCAAUUGCAGCAGCAGCAACACCUCGAUGCCUACAAAUCCCAGGCCAUGAACAUCCAGCAAUUGCUCCGCCAGGACCAGAGCCAAGACCACGACAUGGCUGGGACCGAUAGCCACGAGGAGGAUGAAUACUACCAACAGAACCCUCACCACGACCCUCACCUCCAACACCAAAUGGAUAUCGACAUGCAAGGUAGCCAUGACGACGAUCUCUCUGAGGAAAUCGAGGACGAUGACGACGAUUUUGACGACGAUGUCGAAGACGAUGAGGUCGACGAGGAGAUGAUGGACGAAGAGGACGACGACGAAGGUUCUGAGGCCAUCUCUCUCACCGAGGACGAUAUCGACUUUAACCUUGUUUACGCCUUCCACACCUUUGUGGCGACACAGGAGGGCCAGGCCUCGGUGGUCAGGAACGACUCUCUGAUGCUUCUGGAGGACGCAAACGUUUAUUGGUGGCUGGUGAGAGUCCUCAAGACCGGCGUCAUUGGAUACAUCCCAGCGGAGAACAUCGAGACUCCAUUUGAGCGCCUCGCACGGCUUAACACCUACCGCAACGUGUCUCUUACUGCUCCUUCUCCAGAGUGGGGAACUUUCGACGAACAUAUCCAGCCCCUUGAUCCUGCCGUCCUCGAACAGCGUGCCGCGAACCGCCGAUCGGUCAUCUUUACAGCCCAGAACGAGUUCCUUGAGGCUAGCGAGACUGAAUGGACUGAUGAAGAGGAUGAGGAAGAAGGAUGGUACGAUGACGGCGAGGAGGAAGGCGAAGAGGAGGAGGAGGAAGAGGAAGAUGGCGCUGAAGACGAGCACGAGGACGGGAACGAGUCCAUGGUUGAGGAUACCGCCCAUGGAACUGCAUCAAUAGACGUCGCCACAACAAACAAGGACGACACCCUCGACUCGACUCACAACCAAGGCUAUGGCGGCGCCAGCGUAAAGUCCGAACUCCAAUUGGAGGCUGAGCGGGUGCAGCAAGAGAUUCUGAGCGAGCAAAGGAAACACGAGGAGAUGCUUGCCAUGAAGGCCAUGGAGAAGGAACAAGAGUACAACCGCCAAACUCAGCAGGCAGCAGAAGAUGAGGGCAACAAUAGCGAGGAUGAAGAAGUCCAGGUGACGAAUCGCUAUCGCAAGCCACUUCUCGACGAGGAUGAUCUUCUGUUCUCAAGUGAGAAGCGUGUCAUCUCUCUGACGCCUCCUAUUGCUCGCGACGACAAUCUCAUCCACCGGGAAUCGCCCACCAAGGCCAGGAACUUGCGUUUCAGCGGCGAUACCACCCCUCGCCAUUCACCACAACCAUCACAGCAAUUGCAGCAAUCUCCUUCACAGCAACAGCGACAGGCCAGCCCUUUGACCAUCGUCCGGUCACUGAGCAUCGAUUCAGAAGAUGAGGAAAGGGAAAAGAUGAGGAAGGCGAUGGCUGAGAGGAAGGAGGCGAAGAUCAGCGCCAUCCUCGGAAACGGACCUCAAGAGCCUAUCGUCCGGAAAUCGAAGGAAGAGUAUGAGCGUGGUCUGCCACCAGAGGCUGUCGUCGUGAAGAAGCCCGGCAAGUUCAAGAGCCUUUUCAGCGUUGGCAAGAACUCGAAGGACAAGGAGCGAAAGGAGAAGGAGCGACUCGAAAAGGAACGUCUCAAGAACCUAGCCAAGUCUUCUGCCAGUACCGCCACAGGUGCAAACGCCAGCGCCAACUCUGGAAUCAGCAACAAUCUCUUUAGGGCUCGCUCCAACUCCAACGGAUCCGUCGGUUCUUCCAGUACAGGUCCAUCGACCAUAGGCAACCCCUUGUCGCCAACGGCAGUGAAGAAAGAAGAGUCUCAACAAGAGUUCAUGGCUCUUCGUGUCUAUCCCGGCAAUGUCGACUUUGGCGCAUCGAUGUACAAGACGGUUGUGGUCACCCCUGCCACGAUGGCCUCGGAUGUUGCUCACCAGGCUGUUGUCAAGUUCCGACUUGCCCCCGAUGGCACAGCGUCCACAGGCGACUUUUUCCUGACUGUUAAGGGAGUCGAUGGAGAUGAAACGGUGCUACAAGCGACGGACAAGCCGAUGGCCAUUUACCAGUCUCUCACUGCUCACUUGACCACCCCAUUGCCCGCCAACCAUCGCCUCUCGAUUUCGUCAGUGUCGUCCAUGAUGUCAGUCAAUUCGACUGGCUCUCAAAGCUCCAGCAGCAACCAGGUGCCCGGAACUCCAACUCUUCGACGAACUGGUUCAGGAAGGGCCGAGCCUCAACAGCGAUCCAUCCGGUUCCUUCUCAACAAGAAGAUCAAGCGUGCGGGAUCGGUAUCUCUCGCGACCUCUUCCAUGCCUUCCACCCCAACGACGCCUACUGCUCCUCAGGAGGACUUUUUCUGGGUCAAGGUUGUUUGCCAGGCUCAGGACCUUCCACAGUCGAUGGUGUUGCUUGAAGGCAUGGGUAACGCCAUUGAGAAGGUCGACUCACGGACACAUGGUCAAUCUUUUGCCACCAAAGUCGAGCACUGGAUCCCUAUGCACUCGACUUCAAAUGCAGGAGAUGUCAUCUUCAAGACCCUCGAGAAGGUCGGGAUCCGCUCGGGUGUUGUCGAUGGUGUCCCAGAGCAUGUCUUGGCUGCCAAGCGCCUUGCCGUCCCUCACGGACUGGUGAUCGAAUACCAGCUGGGUCUCAAGCUUGCGAACGGCACCACGAAGAAGCUCAAGCAGGGUGAGGAGAUCUCCUUACCUCCUCAAUUGCCGCUUGCCAAGUGCUUUGAGGAUCAUAGCCUGUUGCCCAUUCGCCGGUCCCCCAAGGCUGAUGUGGCCUCUAUGCCACUCCACCCCGACUAUGUGUUCUUUGUCCGGAAAGCCACUAAGAGUCUUCAAGCCGAGAUGAAGUUUGUCCAGGAGAGGUUGCAACUGACUCAAGCCCGCAGCAAAGUCCCCUCAGCCCUCCAAACCCAACAGGGUAGCCGUACUAGUAUCGAUUCUGAUGUUCAGUCCAACGGGCUUGUGAGCCCCACGUCGUCUGGAUUCCCAAGUCGCAACAGCAUAGGCCAAGGUCAGGCCAACUCUGCAACUGCUGCUGCACCUGCUGCAGUGGCCAGCCGUCUUGCUGGUGCAACCUCACCCCCUAUUCGGAUUCCCCGGCGAACGGACUCGGUGAUCAUGAGCCCGACAAGCACUCCUGUCCGUGCUAACUCUUUCGACAACAGCUCCGGACGACCCAGCCCAACGUUGUCUGCUCAGAACAUGAUGACGACUCAGCAGAUCCACCCACCCCAAAUGUCAAGGACACCUACGCCUGACCGUCAUCAACAGGCCAGGUCACGGUCUCCCAGCAUCAGCCAGGGUUCACCCACAGCCCUUGCCCGUCCUCUGCAAGCGCCUUCUCCAGCUCCCUCCAACCUGUCUAGCCAUGGCGGCGAACAACAGGACGGCUCUCGUUCUUCGACACCCGAGAGACUCGCCAAGAUAGAUCGCCCCGAGAGACAGAGAGCCAUCUCGCCUUCGCUGACGCAUGGUCCCUCACCCUUGUCUAUGUCUGCCAUCAUGCUCUCGAGCGACUCUUCCAACUCUUCUAUAACCCGUAAGGAGUCUUCGACAACCUCUGAGGAGCCCUCGACCUCGAUUUUUUCGUCAUCUUCGAGCAUAGGCAACCGCCUGAAUGUGAAGAAGAACGCGACUCAGGGUGUGGACAUCCUUCUCCAAAAGGGCAUCGUUCGCUCGUCUCGGAGUCAGGGCCAGUACCACUACCAGUUCAUUCCGUUUGGGGGAGGCGAGGAGAUUGACAUUACCGAGAUUAUCGAGGACGUCCUUGGUGGCGACUCUGACAAUGAGGACGAGGAUGACGAGGAUGACACCCACAGCCACAGCCAUACCCAGCAUGUGGAUCAACUCCCAGGACAAGAACAGGACCUUUCUUCGAUGUCUCGUCGGGAGCGUGUCGCGGCAGCUGUUGCAAGAGCUUCCCAGGCAGUAGCAGCAGGCAAGGAACGGCGGAGAGCCAUUGCAAAGGCAAGGCCAGCUUCAGGUUCUGGUGUCAGUCUGCGGUCAUCACCUUCCAGGGAUUGGGAUCGUUUGGAGCAAUUGAGUGGAUCUGCACGUGGCGGAGAGACUCUUUUGAAGCUCGAGCGUGCUUUGGCCGUCGAAGCCGUGGCCGGGUCAGUAUCGUUGCCCUCCAGCAGGAACCUCCCCUCACCCAUAUCCUUGACUUCAUCUUCGCCUUCCAGCCCAACCCUUAACCUGAGAACCAGCGACGCCGAAGUCCAGAUUGCAUCAGUGACGACGAUGGGUCAAAACAAUGGCCUCCCAGGAUCCGUCCGGAACUACUCUCCUAUUCCGCAGGUUGUGACCAAGGACGGUGACCUCAACUCCAGAGCUCAUUCUCCAGGUCGGUCAUCUCCUUCAACUCCCACUUCCGGCUACGUCCGUCCAACCCUGUUGGCCAAUCUGUCUUCUUUGCCCAAUAGCCGUGGCACCAACAGCAACCCUUCGUCGCCCUCGUCGAUUGUGGCGCCGCAUUUGCAUCCUGUCGAGGGUCGGUCGUACUCUCCCCUACCACGCCCUCUGCAGACACCUUCCCCAGCAGCAUUGCCACACCAGCUUUCGAUCCGUACCAGUCUGGCCAGCAGUUCCUCUGCUGAUCCUACUUCGCCUAGCACUGACGAAAGUAGUGCGAAUAGUCCGUUAGGCCCUCUUCCACAAUUCACACCCAGCAAUGUGAGUCGGACCCGGUCCGCAAGCGCAAGUGUGGCUGAAGGAGGAUUCCGCAAGGGGGGUCAUGUUGCCUCUGCCUCCGAGUCAGCCGUGUCGUCGCAGAACCAGCAUGACCCCUGGUUGCUCGCCUCGGAUUACAACACUGGCAUGCAGGAUCUGCUGACGCUGGUCCGCGGAGGUCGCUCAAGCUCGGUGAGCACCAGCGCGCCUUCCUCGCUCAGAGGCGGUUUCGUGUUUGGCAAGGACGGCAAGAUUGUCCAGGGACCCAUGUCUCCGACCCACCAUGGCAGGAAUAGGAUGUUUUCUUCGCAAGCCAACUCGCCUACCUUGUCGUCGUCAUCUCUACUGUACAACAACAACAACAUCACCACCAACAACAGCACCCACCACUACAAGGAUACCCAAGCUCAUGAACGCCAUCUUGAUGACACCACCACUACCUCCACCUCUGGCACAACGAGCGCCAACCAUAAUGACCAUGUGUAUAUGACGACUAAUAAUUAUAAUACGAUCGACGGCGCAGCAGCAGAAGACCGCCUCGGCGACGACGAGGGUGAACUGGACGAUGACGAGCCCAGGAUAUGGAUCCGGACAGACCGCCGGUUACGCGACGUGCGCAGCGAAUGCCACCCCGAAGUCUUUGAAUGCUGGCGGGAAGUGGACGCAGAUCUGGACAAGGUUGAACGGCAACUCGACUCACUGCUGGCCACAGUCAAGGCAGCCAUCUUUUAG